CUGGCAGCUGUAGCGGGUAGAAAUGCGGCAGCCAUAGCGGGUGAAAAUGCUGCUACUGCAGCAAGUGCAAAUCGGUCAAACACAGGGACAACUGUAGCUGGUGGGAAGCCAGGACCAGCUGUAGCAGCUGUGACUGCAGGAAAGCCUGGUCUGGGGACUGUAGCUGCAGGGACACAGGGAGGUAAAGAAAGUUCUGCCCCUGCCACGGCUGUAGCGGCUGGCAGGCUGGGAGUGCAACCUGCAGCUGUAGCGGGAGGAAAGUCAGCGCCAGCUGUAGCAGGUGCAAAUCCAGGAACGGCUGUAGCAGGAGGGAAGCCUGGACUAGCUGUAGUUGGAGGAAAGCCAGGGCCGGCUGUAGCAGGAGGGAAGCCUGGACUAGCUGUAGCGGGAGGAAAGCCAGGGCCGGCUGUAGCAGGAGGGAAGCCUGGACUAGCUGUAGCGGGAGGAAAGCCAGGGCCGGCUGUAGCAGGAGGGACGGCAGGGCCAGCCGUAGCAGGUGGGACAGCAGGGUCGGCUAUAGAAGGUGCAAAGCGGGAAGAAGCUGCAGCUGCGAUUGCAGCAGCUGUAGCUUCUAUAGCAGCUGCAAGAAUGGGUGCAAAUCCGGUGGCUGUAGCUGCACAGAGUGCUACAGCCGGCUCAUCUGCUGCAAAUACACAGUCUGCUACAGCUGGGCAGUCUCGUGUAGGGCCUCACUCCGCUACAGCCGGCCCGUCUGCUACAGAUUCACGGAAUAACGUAGCCCUCGUGAAAUCUGUAGCUCCUCCGACUGCUGUAGCCCCACCAACAGCUGUAGCACACCCGAUAAAGGCACCAACACCACCACCACUAGCACCAGGGCAGAAGGUUGUAAUACGAUCAGGGGGAGUGCAACAGCAGGCUGUAGCGCAGAAACCCCCGCCUGUAGCGCAGAAGGGUGUAAUACAAGCAGGGGGGGCGCAGCAGCCUGUAGCACCGCAUGCUGCAGCCCAGCAGGCUGUAGCGCAGAAAGCAACCGCUGGGCAGGCAACAAAAGCGCCUGCUGGUGCUGUUGCCUCAAGGCCACACGCUCCCUUCCCUUCCCUGCACCCCCCAGCAGCAGCUCAGGGCUCUCAGGGAGUCACAGCGGUCAGUGCAGGGAAGCAACCCCCAACAGCAGCAGCACCUCAGCAGCCAGGAACAGCAGCUUCAGAUCGGGCAAAUGCAAGGACGAGUGUAUUACCGCAACCCCCAGCAGCAGCAGCUCCGUUCUCUCAGGGAGUCUCAGCGGUCAGUGCAGGGAAGCAACCCCCAACAGCAACACCCCCCCAGCAGGCAGCAGCUGGGGCAGCGGAGGCACAGCAGGCAGCUGCGGCAACUGGUGUGCAGCAGGCAGCAGCAGGGGCGACUGAAUCCAGGCAGGCACAAGCAGCAGCAGCAGCAGCAGCAGCAGCAGCAGGUGCACCAAAGCAGCCCCAGCAGACCCAGCAGCCCCUAUCAAUCCUUGCAGCGCCGCAAAAGCAGUCACUUCCAUCCUCCACGUCGAUCUCCCUGCCCGCCAAUCCAGCAGCUCCGUUCCUUGCACGGUCCUCGUCAUUCCCGCUAGGCAGGGCGGCAGCAGGGCAGCAGGCCCCUGCAGGGCAGGUCGGCAGGCAAGUGCAAGCGCAGAGGCAACAGGAGGCCUUGCAGGCCAAGGCUCGGCAGCAGGGAGGGCAGCAACAGCAGCUCCAGAAGCAGCAGCAGCAGCAGCAGCAGCAGCAGCAGCAGCAGCAGCAGCAGCAGCAGCAGCAGCAGCAGCAGCAGCAGCAGCAGCAGCAGCAGCAAUUACAACAACAAUACCAGCAGCAGCAGCAGCUGCAACAGCAACGACAGCUGAUGCUACAACAACAGCAGCAACAACAACAGCAACAACAGCAGAGGCAGCAGCAGCAGCAACAACAGCAGCAACUACAGCAGCAGCAACGGCAACAACAACAGCAGCAACAGCAACAGCAGCAGCAACAACAGCAGCAACAGCAGCAGCUGCAGCAACUACAGCAGAAGCAACAGCAGCAACAACAACAACAGCAGCAGCAGCAGCAGCAGCAGCAGCAGCAGCAGCAGCAGCAGCAGCAGCAGCAGCAGCAGCAGCAGCAGCAGCAGCAGCAGCAGCAGCAGCAGCAGCAGCAACAACAGCAGCAACAGCGAGCACAGCAGCAGCAGCAAGCACAACAACAGCAGCAGACCCAGUCCACACAGAACUUGAAGCAGGCUGUGCGGGCUAAGAGAGUGCACGACCCAGACAAGCCCACCAGGGGACGGGGACGACCUCGGAAGAACCCUAUAAAGGAGAACCCAAAAAAGGAAAAUCAUGUCAAGGAGAGCUCUAUGAAGGAGAACCCUGUAAUGGGGAAUGCUAUAAAGGAAAGUUUGGUAAAGGCUCCAACAGGGGGGGGACUUGUUGUGUCAUCUUUGGGGGUUCAAGGGGAGAGGCAGGAGCAGCAGCAGCAACAGCAGCAGCAGCAGCAGCAGCGGCAAGAGGAGGAAGCGGUGGGAAAAGAGAAAGGAGGCGGAGGGAUGGAGAACGGGGAGCAGGGAGGAACGGAGAGGAGGGAGGGAUGGAAGGAGGUGCCAUUGGUGCAGCAGCUGAAAGAGCAACCGCAGCAGCAGCAGCAGCAGCAGCAGCAAGAAGCAAACGACUCUCAGUUGAAGGGGCAGCAGCUGGCAGGGGCAGGGAAGUCACAGCCAAUUCACACCUGGCCUGAGGAACUACCAUUCCCCCUCCCCCAGUUUUCUCUCCCCAAGUUCCACCUCCCCCAACUCCCCCUCCCCCAGUUCCUUUCCCGCCCCCCUCCUCCAGUCCUCCCCCUUCCCGCUCAUGCUUCCCCCGCUCCCCCUAGUGCCCCUUCUCCUCCCCCUGGUGCUCCCCCCGUUCCCCCUCGUGCUUCCCCCGCUCCCCCCGGUACCCGUCCUCCCCCUUCCGCCCCCGGCCCCCUCGGUUUCCCUCUUGACGCAGCCACGGCUGCUACAGUGCAGAAUGCAGCGGUUACUGUAGCGGAUCAGAUCCCCAAAGAUUCGAUUCUGUGGGCGGCAGUGGCAGAGCAGAAGGUGGAAAUUCUGGAGAGAGCAUUGGAGGAGACUAAGGAGCGAGCUGUUGCUAUGAUGGAGCGACUGAGGUUGAAUGCCGAGGCUAAGCACAAGGCAAUGGAGCAAGACCUGGAGGAGGAGAGGAGGCGAGUGGAGGAGCUGCAGGGGCGGCUCAAAGCAGCCGAGGCCAGGCGGAACGGCAGCAACAGGGGCAUCGCUACCGUGCCUCCCCCUGCCCUUCUGGUGGAAGGGAAGGGCUGGGAGGUGCAGGCUUGGGAGGAGGGCUAG